UACAAGAGAUCAUCCUUAUUCUCCUCCCCCCCCUGUGGUGCUCAGAGAAGUGUGUUGGAGAGAUAUGGUGUGAGAGAGUCCUAGUCCUUUCUGUGGUGAUCUAAUUUACCAACCAAGCGCCGUGAAUGAGGGAGUAAACCGAAAAGUGAAGCGACGUGUGCGAAAAAAAGUCGCCCUGUAACGCACGAGUGUGGCGCACAGGGAGGAAGACGAGGACAAAUAGAUAAACCAGUCUGUUCUGACAAGGAAAGGACAGUCCUUCUUGCACUGCAAACAUGGGGAACCGGGGGAUGGAGGAUUUGAUUCCUCUGGUGAACCGCAUGCAGGAUGCUUUCUCUGCCAUCGGACAAAACGCAAACCUGGACCUGCCGCAGAUCGCCGUGGUGGGCGGCCAGAGCGCAGGGAAGAGCUCGGUACUGGAGAACUUCGUUGGGAAGGAUUUCCUUCCUCGUGGCUCUGGCAUUGUGACCCGUCGUCCUCUGGUUCUGCAGCUGAUGAACUGCCCUACAGAAUAUGCUGAGUUCCUCCACUGUAAGGGCAAAAAGUUCAUAGAUUUUGAUGAGGUCCGGCAGGAGAUUGAGGCAGAGACUGACCGGAUCACCGGAGCAAAUAAGGGCAUCUCCCCUGUACCCAUUAACCUGCGUGUCUAUUCUCCUCAUGUGUUGAACCUAACCCUGGUGGACCUGCCUGGAAUGACUAAGGUGCCUGUGGGCGAUCAACCUACAGACAUCGAGUUCCAGAUCAAAGACAUGUUGAUGCAGUUUGUAACCAAGGAGAACUGCCUGAUGCUGGCCGUGUCUCCGGCCAACUCAGAUCUGGCCAACUCUGACGCUUUAAAGAUUGCCAAAGAGGUCGACCCUCAGGGUAUGAGGACCAUUGGAGUGAUCACCAAGCUGGACCUGAUGGAUGAGGGUACGGAUGCUAAAGACAUCCUGGAGAACAAGCUGCUUCCACUCAGGAGGGGUUACAUCGGGGUGGUGAACAGAAGCCAGAAGGACAUAGAUGGAAGGAAGGACAUUAAUGCUGCUAUAGCUGCUGAGAGAAAGUUCUUCCUCUCCCACCCUGCGUACAGACACCUGGCUGAUCGUAUGGGCACACCCUACCUCCAGAAAAUCCUUAAUCAGCAACUGACAAACCACAUCAGGGAUACCCUGCCUAGCCUGCGGGCCAAGUUGCAGAGUCAACUCCUGUCUAUAGAAAAGGAGGUUGAGGAGUAUAAAAACUUUAGACCAGAUGAUCCAUCUCGCAAAACCAAGGCUCUCCUCCAAAUGGUGCAGCAGUUCUCUGUGGACUUUGAGAAGUGUAUAGAGGGCUCCGGGGACCAGAUCGAUACAGCUGAGCUGUCAGGUGGUGCCAGGAUCAACCGUAUCUUCCAUGAACGAUUCCCCUUUGAACUGGUCAAGAUGGAGUUUGAUGAGAAAGAACUCCGCAAGGAAAUCAGCUACGCUAUCAAGAACAUUCAUGGCAUCAGGACGGGGCUAUUUACCCCUGACCUGGCCUUUGAGGCCAUAGUGAAAAAGCAGAUCCAAAAGCUGAAGGAACCCACACUGAAGUGUAUAGAUAUGGUAGUGAGUGAACUCACCUUCACCAUACAGAAGUGUAGUCAAAAGUUAGCUCAGUAUCCCAUGCUGAGAGAGGAGAUGGAGAGAAUUGUCACUCAACACAUCAGAGACAGAGAAAACCGCACCAAAGAUCAGGUGUUGCUGCUGAUAGACAUCGAGUUGUCCUACAUGAACACCAAUCAUGAAGAUUUCAUAGGAUUUGCCAACGCUCAGCAGAGGAUCAACCAAAUAAGCAAGAAGAAGGCAGCUGGCAAUCAGGAUGAAAUCAUGGUUAUCAGGAAGGGGUGGCUGACCAUCAACAACAUCGGCAUCAUGAAGGGAGGAGCCAAGGAGUACUGGUUUGUCCUCACCGCUGAGUCUUUGUCCUGGUACAAGGAUGAUGAGGAGAAGGAGAAGAAGUACAUGCUGCAGGUGGACAACCUGAAACUGCGCGACGUGGAGAAGGGCUUCAUGUCCAGCAAGCAUAUUUUUGCUCUCUUCAACACUGAACAGAGAAAUGUGUAUAAGGACUACCGCCAGCUGGAGCUGGCCUGUGAGAGCCAGGAAGAUGUCGACGCAUGGAAGGCCUCCUUCCUCAGAGCUGGAGUUUACCCCGAACGUGUAACAGAGAAGGAAGGAAAGAGUGAUGGUGGUGAUGAAAAUGGUUCUGAAAACUUCAUGCACAGCAUGGAUCCUCAGCUGGAGCGGCAGGUGGAGACCAUUCGCAACCUGGUUGACUCCUACAUGGCCAUUGUGAACAAGACUGUGCGUGACUUGAUGCCGAAGACCAUUAUGCAUCUCAUGAUUAACAAUACAAAGGAGUUCAUUAACGCUGAGCUACUGGCCCAGUUGUACUCGUGCGGUGACCAGAACUCUCUGAUGGAGGAGUCUCAGGAGCAGGCGCAGCACCGUGAUGAGAUGCUAAGGAUGUACCAUGCCCUGCGAGAAGCCCUCAGCAUCAUUGGUGAUAUCAGCACGUCUACCGUGACCACUGCAAUGCCGCCACCUGUGGAUGACUCCUGGCUGCAGGUGCAACGGGGAGGCUCCGGAGGAAGGUCCCCAGCAACCAGUCCAACUCCAAACCGCAGAGCUCCUCCAGGACCCCCAGCCCGUCCAGGCUCUCGUGGACCACCACCUGGGCCUCCACCUGUUGGAGGACCCCCUGUACCGUCUCGCCCUGGGGCUUCUCCUGACCCCCACGGUGGGCCGCCACCCACUGUUCCCUCUCGGCCAAACCGCGCACCCCCAAGUGUGCCCAGAAUCACUGUCACUGACCAAUGAGGACUAACAUUCCUGUCGGAGACCCCCACCCUCUCCAACCCACUAGACCUCUGAGCUCCUCCCUCUUUCCUCCAUCUGUCUCUUCCUUCUCUGGAUGACAGACCCACAGACAACAGCGCCACCCUCUUGUCGUCUUCUGCCUCAUCUGACCUGUGCUGGCUCCCUUCUCCUGCCUCCUUAAAACAAGCCAUGUACCCCCCCUGAACCCCCACCUCACUCUCACACCUCUGUUUCACACAGAGAUGCAGAAUACUUGAAACACAUUUGCAUGACUUACGUAAAAAACAUGUUAUACCCUUUGAAUUUACCUGUAGGCACUAUGAAAUUGUAAGAAACAAAUGGGUUACACACAUGUAAGGUAUAUCCUAGCAAGAACAUGCAGAAUGUUUCUCCUCCUUUUUAUAAGAGGAACAAACAUUUGCUGAUUUAGCAUGAUGCUAUGCCUGAGCUUUCUAAUGGAUGUUCACUUAUUUUUCUCUCAACAUUUGGCAUAUUUUCUGAUUUAUUCACUGUGGUUUUAAAGAAAUACUUCAUCAGAAAAUGCAAGUUUUGCAUCAUAGGCACACCGUUUCCGACAUUCAGCCUGACGUGAAAAAUGUUUCACUUAGCAGCAAAACAAUGUCAAAAUAUCCAAAGAAAAUACUUCAGUUAAGAUCCUGAUCUACUGGAUACACGAGAGCUCAAAGAUUUUCAUUUUGUCUUCUUAUCUUAAUAUGUUUUUUUUUCAUUUCAGACAAUAGGUAUGUUACAACAUCCUAUUAUUGUCUGAAUAGAAAGAAAAAAACUCUUAUAUCAUCGGAUACAAGAGACUUGUACCUUAAUGCAUGUUCUGCUCUUUGUGAAGAAAUAUAAUUGAUCCAAGUCAUAUGUGAAGUAUUUCUUUAAGGAAGUUGAUGCAAGCUGAACUGAAACAGAAUCUGCAUCAUUAGAACUCAGUGUAUGGAGAUUUAUAACAGCUUUCAGGUUUUAAUCUGCCCAAAAAUCACUGGCGAGACAACACAUUUUAAUCUAAUUUAAACAGGUCUAGUUGGACUUGAGAACUCAACUUGUGAAAAGAAGACCUGUGCUGUUUAAACAUUGAAGAUUUUGGUUUAUCCCGCAGUUUUCAAGAUGGUUUAAUCAAAACCAGCAGUUUGAGAUCAAGAUAGACAUCUUGAUUCCUUCUAUUUGUCUCGCUUUAAUGAUUUUGGGGUCUUCUUUUUUAACCUUUCCCUCUGCCAAGUAAAGUAUUUUAUUUUCUUCUAUUUCACUAAAACAGCCGGCCAAACAAGGGUGGGCCCUCUCGCCCUGAGAGCCCCCUCCUGCCAUUCGACUCUUAGAAGAAACGCCUCCCAUCUCACUUUUACCUUCUCUCUUCUAAAACCAGCUACUGAUUUCUUACUGUUGCACAUCAACUAUUAAACAGACUGCACCAUCUGUCUGUAACUCACUCUUUCACUCACAUGAGGAAGGAGAGCAGGAAUGAAAUGAGGGAGGAGUAGAUCACCACCUCAAGCCUCUUCACUUUCAGACACCUGGAACCACCGGGGUUGCUGCUGCUCUUUAUUCUUCCUAUCCCCCUCGUUUGUCUCUUUUAGCAGGACAGGUGAUGGACUCUCUGGGUUGCUUUUUGCUUGUUGCAGCCCCCAGAAAAUCAUGCUCUAAUUAUUACAUCAACUUGUGUUUUAACUUUCUGAUUAACAUCUCUUUCUUACACAACUGUCACAGUCUCUGCUUCUAAUAUAAAAAAGGAAAACAAAACAAAACACUGCUCUCUACACUUUCGUAGAACCUAUGCAACAAAAAGAAUGGCAUUUUAUUUUUCUUCCCAUGGUAUUUUUCUCUCCUUUUUUCCUUCAUUACUGCUUCAUCUUUUGGAGGCCGUAUUUAAAUAUUGUAGAAAAUGGUAGAAGGUAAUCUGUGGAAGGCUGCUGCAUCCUCAUAACACAAGUAUCAGAGCAUAUUUAAACCUGAGGGGAAAGGAAAUUGUGGCCUGGGUGGAGCCCUGAGGCUGUUAGAUAGCUCCAAACAUCCUUUUUAUUCAGAUAAACUGAGGUGCCUAAUGGGGGACAGGUCAGCCUUGUGACUCCAAGGUUUGAUCACAUUAUGCAUCAAGUGUUUUGAUAUACAGACAGAAAAUCAUCCAGGCUGACGAUCUGCUAUUUCUUUUUUCUCUCUUGUUCUUUUCUUCCUUCUCUCAGUGGUCAUGGGGGUGAGUGAAUAUAUAACAACCCUAGUCUAUGCAUAAAACUAGCACACACUCCUUGUGUUUCAUCCUCGCAUUUCUGAGAUUUAGCCCAUCUUUUCACCCCUUUUUCUACCACUGAGCUCCUCAGUCAGUGUGAUGUGUUGUAUUUUGACCCCAAGCGCAGACCCACCUCCGUCAUGCACACAAAUUUUCUGUCAUUCAUUAUGUCGUUCUAGCCAUUUAAAGAUACAGGCCACUGACCCUUUGUGCACCUUUGCACUCCACAUCUGCAAAGCAAACACAGCAAGGCAUAUUUUACUUAUUUAUCAUCAAAUAGUUUAUUAUGGACAUAUCUUAAUGUUAUUCUGUAUAUGUGUGGUGCAUCUUAUCAGACUUGUACUCCCACUCUUUAGAGAAUUUAGUCUGCAAUGUAUGAAACUGUUAAAUAUUUAAAUUAUAAAUACUGGUAAACGAGUUCACGUGUAAUGGAAUAAUGUUUGAAAAGCUUACAAAAAAAAACAAUGUGAUGUAUAUGAAUGUUGGCAGGUUGUUUGAUACCUUUGCUUGUAGCAAAGAGGGUGUUUUUGUUUUCCUUGUCCCUCUGUGUUUAUAGAAGAGCAGGGAGGGACGGUGUGAGUGUGUGAACUCCUGCAGCAGCCAUGUCCUGCAUCUUGUUCAAACUGAUGUAAAGGAAACUUGAAAAUGAACCUGUGGGACUGUUGUGCUGUCAACACAUUAAAAACUUCAGUGUACUGUAA